GUCUCCGAUGGAGGUCUCAUUUUCUCUGCUUCCAGGCUAGAGAUGCAGCUUUGCCUCUGAGGUGAGUGCAUGAGCUUUCAUUUCUUCAGACAAGAUUUUUAAAAAAAGGCUUUCUGGGACAUUCUUAUUAAUGUACAAUAACAAUUGACCCCGGGUCUAACAUGUCUCAAAAUGUUUGUAUUAUGGGAAUAUUCUUAAACUGUUGGUAAGUUAUGAGUGAGGUAAACUCUGACUUCACACUAAUAAAUGUACACAUACAUCAUUUAUUUGUUUUUAGAUUUAUUACUACAUGUAAUCAGAUAUCUGAUUUAUGAAAAUGUGAGUAGCCUAAAAUAAUGGUUUGCGGUUGGCUGAAAAUGUAGGAUGAAAAUCUUGUCACAAAAAAGCAAUCAUGUAUGACUGUGUGUAUGGUUAUUUACAGUCAUGUAUGACUGUGUGCAUGGUUAUUCAGUCAAGUAUAAUUGUGCACAUGGUUAUUCGGUCAUGUAUGACUGUGCAUGGUUUUUUGCAGUCGUGUAUGACUGUGUGCAUGGUUAUUCUCAGUCAUGUAUGACUGUGCAUGGUUAUUCGUAGUCAUGUAUGACUGUGUGCAUGGUUAUUCAGUCAUGUAUGACUGUGGUUAUUCGUAGUUAUGUAUGACUGUGUGCAUGGUUAUUCAGUCAUGUAUGACUGUGUAUGGUUAUUCGUAGUUAUGUAUGACAGUGUGCAUGGUUAUUCACAGUUACGGGAUGACACGGUUCAUCAGUGGUUACUGGAUCAUGCGGGUGAUGGUGAUGAAGGCAGUGCUACUGGCUUGUGUGUGGGUGAGUGGGGGACCUACACGGUGUGUGUGCUUUUCACAUGGGGCAAGUUCUGAUUCCUGUGAGGAGAUGAAGCCUGGUCACAUUGGUGCUCAUCUACAGUACACACACACGCCGUCUACCGUAACCAUACACGCCAGCCGUGCGGUUUACCUGCCGCUACACAUUCUCAUGGUGAGCGUGCGUAGUUCUCGAGCUUUCAUGGGCUUGCUGCUGCAGGCGCGCUCGGUGCCAGAGGACCAUGUGGUUGGGGGUGAGUUCACACUCCUCCCACCGGGCACACACACCCUCUCCUGCUUGUCCACUGGAGACACCGUCACACAUUCUGACAAGCUGCUGAAGAGGAACCUCUCCUUUACCUGGAGGGCACCCUCUCGGCCCAGUGGAGACCUGAGAUUUUAUGUGUUCCUUCACCCCUCCCCCCCCUACAGCAUCACAGUGGUCUACUCCUAUUUUGUCUACGGGGCUCGGAUUCGAUCAUCCGUGGUGCAUGAUGGGUUGCGUAGUAUUCAGGGUGUAGGAUACGGCAGUGCUCUGCCCACUAGGAUUAUGUCAGCAUUUUUUACGAAGUCCACAGAUAUGCAAAUACACACUUCUGUGCUAAACACACAACACUUAAACAACACUACACCUACACUGCUAAACAACUUUCUCACACACACAUUACCACCCCAGCAUAGACACACACCACCACGGAGGAACAGAAGCUCUGAUACACAACCAUAUACAAAUGCAUUCACACACGAUAGAUCACACAGCACAUAUAACCCUAGAAACACCACCGCAGAGACCUUCAACGUCACAAACCGUACUAUACACACAAAAAACAAUACACAACUUUUAUUAACAACACAAACAGAGACCAGCCCCACUGUCUACUUACACACCACUACAUCUACGUCUGCUCCACAAACACAGCUCAGAGUACACACCAGUUCCAAGACUCUUCUUCAUAGACACACACCAACUCACGCUGGGUUACAUAAACACACUCACAUACACCCAUUCCCAAACACCAUGCCAGAUAAGCACCUGCCCCCAACCAGACACGCUGCAAUGCACACUGGACCGCAAACACACAUUCACGUAGGCACACUAAACCACAGUGCUGCUGGCACACGACUAUCUGGAAAAACACACACAUUCUCUCACUUCCGAGCAGGUUCCGCAGGUCUCUCCCCCGAGCCCCUGAACGCUGACCCCUCCCCCACCUCUCCCCGCCCACAGUCUUCCUCUGUAACUCAUCCUCCUCCGACUGAACCCGGUGUGAUUACAUCCAACCCAGGACCUCCCACUCUUCUCUCCACCCACUCAGGACCCCAAGCUCCUCUUAAGAACCAUAUGUCCACUCCAGACACGCACAGUGCGAUUGCACACGUACACACAUCGGCCACUCAUACAAGACGGACACCCUACAACACAGAGAUCGCAACAGUGUCUCACAUACAGGCAGGACAGACACCCCCCGCAGGGACCACACCGACGACUCCUCUCACAACACACUCACAGUCAGACAGGACAUCUGUCCUAACCGCUCACACCACACACUCUUUACAGCAUGAACUCCUCAGUGAUCUCUCCUCUACUUGCACACACACUCCUACCGUAUGUCCACCUACUAUGGCACCAACUGCUCCGACCCACACGCCCACUCCUUCAACUCCCCGUUCGGAUCGGUCUCCGGCCCUCUUACGUUCCCAUUCCGACCCCCUCCUGCCUGUGAACGACCCUGACCGUCGCUCCCAGAGAGAGGGAGAUUCCACUGGGCACAACCCUCCUCAACACCCCAGAGAGCCGUCUGGAGCUCCAGACAGAGAGGGGGCGAAGCCGGACCGCGUGCCCAGACAGAUUGCGCCCGAGCUGGGCCUGUUGCUGGGCCUCUCCGCCGCUCUGGGGAUGGCCGUGGCCGUGGGCCUGCGCUACCUGCAGAGGAAGCACUGCCGCAAACGCACCGCCGUGUCACUGGGCGACUGCAACCAUGACAACAGAGGCAUAAUCCACGUGCAGGAGUGUGGGGACCUGGUGCAGGUACGCAGGAUCAGAGAGAAUAGCUUCCUGCUGCUUCAGACGGAGUAUAACCUUAUCUCAGCGCCUGGGAACUAGCACGAAUGCCUCCCUCACACACACAGCAAAAAACAAAAGCUCUGAGGACUAAGUACAUACAUGCUUUGAGAAAUAUGUUUGACAAAUACCCGAUUCAUGUGUGUUUACCCUAGAAACUGUAACUGUUUGUGGUGGUGUAGUGUUUAAUUUCAGGUAAACUCUGCACUUUAACCUACCUAAAAACAUCAGUAGAAAUAAUUUUCUUUGGAAAUUCCUUAUACUUAAGUUAUUAGAAGCUAAUAAAACUGACAAAAUGUUACAAAAUAAUUCACUGUGAAUAAAUGUUUUAUGUGAAUAAAUGGUAAGCAUAGUACAGACUUAGCUUUGUGUCUAAACUGAUCUAGAUAACUAAACUACGGCGGGAGCUGGGAGUAGCUCCCCCUUCUGGUAGUGUGUUUACAUGGUACAGAACGCUAAUGGUUCCUAAACUUAUCCCAGCAAAAACCUUUUCAUCAUAUGAUAACAUCCAUGGAAGGAUAAUGAACGCAGACUUGUGAUAUUUUGAUAUUUUAUACAUAUAUUAUUUUGAUUACAAAAUACAAGAAAACUCAUACAGUGAGAUACAAAAGUGUCCCUGGCGCUUCAUUGUCUGUGUGUAAAAUGGCAGUACAUCGGUGACUGAGCCGUCCUCCAGGAGAAUCUGAAACAUCGGCUCGAACACAGCGCAAAAGAA